GGUAGAUACAAUACGACCCCCACUCAAUAUCUGUGAGGGAAAUGUAAAAGCACUGCUGAUGAGAGGGGACUUCUCAUCUGAUUCAAGGUUUUUUGUGGCUGUUGGAGUUUUGGCCUUCUUGUAUAUUAUUGCUGCACUGGUACUCUAUUGCCUUUUCUACACAAUGUAUGAAAACAAUCCUUUAGCUCCUCUUGCCGACUUUGCUGGUCAUGUUUUCUUCACAAUUAUGUGGUUAGCUGGAAGUAGUGCCUGGGCCAACAGCCUGACAGCUUUGCGACAAGCAACACAAGUUGAAGUCAUCAUGAAAGAGAAUCCAGAUAUAUGUUUACCAGCAUACCCAUGUGGUGUAUUAUCAGAACCCAACUAUACCAAGUUGGUCAUCUCCAUUAUUUUGGGCUUCCUAAAUUUGUUCCUAUGGGGAAGUAACCUGUGGUUCUUGUACAAAGAAACUCAGUUCUUCAAGGCCAAGACUAUGAAUACAGAUAAUGCUGCACCCAAUUCUGUGCCUGUGCCGUAAUGUGUUCAAAAAGCCUCUUGGGCAGUUUUGGAUUUCACUCAGAGAAUCAGUGAAGGAUCUGCAUAUCACCAUCAUUGUUUAUGUUCUAAAGAGUAGUUUGGUUCUCAUCCAUCUGCAGUAUACAUCAGCUAGGCUUGUAAGAUGGUAAGGAUGUUUUAUGCAUGACAUACUCUGUAUGGCUAAUGCUGUAAAGAAGAUACAAGUAUUUUACUGACUGCAAUUUCAUUGAAAGUGUAUGAUUUAUUUAAUUUUGUUUUCCAUAUUUGGUAAUGCAGUAAACCGUUAGUAACAUGAGUAUAAAUUUGGGAAUUACAGUAUAUUUAUAUUUGUAGUUUGAAGAUAUUUUUUUGUCAAUCAUUGGGAAAAACACACUUAGCUUUAAUGCUGUCCAAUCCAGGGCAUCUUGUUGAAUUUUAAAAAAUAAGAUCAUUUUUGUAUGGCUUGGGUUUGUGGAUCAUAGAUCUUAAAAUAUUUUCAGAUAUGAAGUUUAGGGAGGUUUACUUAAUUACGGACCACUUGGUCAGGAAUUAAGUAAAACUCUUUGAGCACAUCAAUGACGCAGGAUAGAUAGAAUCUCCUGACCCUGUGUGUGGCCAGUUGCCCAAUAUAUAUUAAAAGAGGUUAGGCUACUUUUAGGAUGGUAAGUUGAUGUUCCAAAAAGUUCCAAGAAUUAUAGAAAUUUACUUUCCAGUUGGUUGUGGUGUAGUAUUGCAGUUCUGCCAUUAUUAUUGAUUAUUUUAUUAUGGCAACUCAAGCAUUUGUGACUUGAUUAUUAGAGUAAUAUUGAAUGAGAAUAUAAGGGAAGUAAGAUUAUUAGAGUAAUAUUGAAUGAGAAUAUAAGGGAAGUAACAGUUUUCAAGUUUGGAAUGUAUUGAUUAAUUUUGGAUUUUUAUCAUUGGUGAUAUUAAUAGUACAUGGCCUUCAACCUAAACUUUUAUUGGCUGGUGGUUCACCUUUGUAAAAAUGUCAAAGUUUUUUCUUUUGCUCAUGCUGCGUAAUAUCUGUAAGGUUAGGAACAGCUGAUGUAGGAAACAGUACUGAAUCUUGAAGACCCCUGCAGUGGGAUUAAACUUCAGUAUAGUCAGUCAUAUGAGAUGAGAAUGGAUUGGUAUUGAUUAUGAGAUAAUUUUUAGUUGUUUGUCCAGUCCUUGUUUUCAUUGUGCUGUGUGAAGUUGUUUAUUUGAUACUUUAUGAUUAUGAGUUCUAUCUUCACAAUGUUCUUAUUAAUUAAGAAUGUUUUAAAUGGAAGGAUUAAGUUAUUAAACCCUCACAACUUGACAGAGUAGUAGUCAGGCGUUUAUUUUUCAUAAUUUGCAGUCAUAGGAACAAGUCUAAUAAGCUUGUUAAGCAAGCUUAAAUAUAAUACCUGUAGAAUGUCCAUAUGGGAGGAAGGAUAUCCUAGAGAAUAAAUAGUGAAACAUGAGUGGAAGUGAACUACAAUUAAUGAAAUAAGGUCUAUACAGUAACACCUCAGGAACAUAAAGGCCUCAAAACUUAAUGUUUUAAAGUCUUAUUACAACUAUUCUGAAAUUAAAGAGCAUCACGUUUCCUCACACUGCCAGGAAGAUUGUCCCACUGAUUAACUGCUCUUUCAAGGGGCAAAACGUCUUAGCACUUAGCAGUGUGUGUGGGGCUACUGACACCCCUGUUGAGAUCAGAUGCUCUUGAAAUAUGGCAGAUAGUUUGUUAGUGUUCUGUCACUAGUAUCGGUUGUUAAGAAAAACCUCUUGAGGCAAUUUUGUGUAUGAUUAAAGAUGCAGGAUGCUGCAGAUAUCCAAACAUGAGAGAAAUAUUCCAAUUUGGGUAAUAACCAAAGCUUUUAAUGCCAUUGACAUGAAUAUUAUCUUCUCUUUGAGCUUAGGAAGGCAUACAAACAAUGCAUGGUGAUUCCUAUAUGAAGAUGGGUAAAUUUUUGAAGUAUAUUGCAGCCCUACUAUUGUGAGUAGUAGGGGAGCUAAUGAUGAUAAAGCAGUCAAAGUGGUAAUACUAUAACGUUCAAAUGUAGCCAUUCUAUCUGUCAUUAUUUAAAAGCCUUCUGACCAUCCAUCUUCAUUAUUUGGAAGACUACAUAAUUAUGAAUCUGAUGGCACCAAUUUAAACAGGUUAUGACUGGAUUGUGGAGUCAAAUAAAAAACAGCUUCAUAUUGAAGUAAUUUUAUAUUGUCUCCUAACAGGUCACACAGAUUUGACUUGUUUGAUGAACAGCCAACAAGACCCACUUCAUGUAUAUAGAGAAUGCAAGGCAAUGCCUUAAUUCAGCCAUUAAACGUACUUUAAUAAGUUAGGACUUAUUGUCAGUCUUCAACACUCAGUUUAUCCACUAGUGAAAUUUUGAAUUAAUUUGUUCAAUAAGAUCUAAUAUACUCUACUUGUUAAGAAUAAACCUUUUGGACCAGCCCUAUGAUAAUUAAGAUUACUAACUCAUUGGUCUGGAUAGUUAUUUUAUGAAUAAAAUAUAAAUUUUAUUUUUAAAAGCAAACCAUUUGGGCCAGGUUAUGAGAGCUGACCACCCCCAUUGCCUCUGGUUUUGGCAGUCAAAAUUUAAAAUUAAUGAAAAAUUAGAUUUUUGCUAUAUUUUGUCUAAAAAGAUUUUUCAUGUGAUGCUGUUAGCUUGAAAAAGGUUUAUCUGAUUAGUAAUCUUAGUAGUAGUAGUAGUAAUAUUUCAUUAGAUGAAACCUAUUCACAUGGAACAAACAAGGAGGGUCAUUAACUUGAAAUUCAAGCUUAAUAAGUAUGUGGGUUUCAGCCUCCAACUGCAGACCCCACACUGCAUCAGUAACUGAUCAUGUAAAGGCAUGUCCAGACGAGCACGCCUGAUCAGCUGGCACGCAUGUCAUCGGGCUCAUAUACCGGGCAAACCAGCGAAAUGGCUGUGCCUGUACGACACUGCCAGACUUACGUUAUCAUAGUGACUCCAUAAAAUAAAAAGACUUUUCAUGGAUCUUUUUAACUUGAGCAAAACUUGGCAUUUAGUAAACAAGCAAAUAAAGAACAGCCAAUGGAUUAGGUAACAGGAUCUUACAUAAAUAAACAAAUUAACCUAAGAAAAUGCAUUAUCAAUAUUAAUAUAUAAAUACAAUAUAUAUAUAUUGAUACAUAUACCGACAGUCCCCGGUUAAUGACGAUCCAGUUUUAUGGCGCUAAAUUGCCAUAACGGGCCAAGUUUUGGUUAUCUGCGCCAUAAGGUGCCAAUAAUAGUGUUACGGUGCCAUAACAUACCUAACAGAGGCGCCAUUAACCUGUUAUCAGCCCCAUUGACCAAAACUUGGCGCCAUAAAUCUGUGUGUUUUGGUUAAUGGCGGUUUUCACUUAGCACCUGCUGAGCUGAGAAUGGAACCACCACCUUCAGUAACCUGGGCUGCCUCUACAAAUAUCUAGUAUAUAGUAUUGUACAUGUAUAACUGAAUCACAAAAAUUUGGAAUGUGAUGAAUAUAUAUAAAUAAAGGCAAAAGCCAUGAAGGAAAGUGAAACAAUGGGGUACCCUUGCAACAGUACACCAUUGUUUCACCUUCCUUUGUGGCUUUUGCCCUCAUUUGGUACCUUCAUUAUACAGACGCCAAAUAUCUUGAACUGUUCUUAUAGUUCCCAGAGUAAAAUAGAAGUUGCGACUGAUUAACAAGCAUUUAUUUGAUAGACCUUCCAAGACUAUUUUUACCAAGGCAAGCUAUGAAGACGUAACAAAAAUAUUCCUGUUUAAUUCGGCUUUGGGUCAGCCUUGUAUUUUCUUCAAGGCUGGCUGUUAAAAUGUUUACUGUUAUUAUGAAAUAGAAAAAGAAGCUGUUCCUUUGGCAAUUUUGCUUCAUACUAAUUCCAGUCUCUCUCGUUUUAGUUAUUGUUGCUUUAUAUCUAUUCGAAUUCCUCUCUCUCUCUCUCUGUUGCCAAAAAUGUCGGUGUUGCUUCCAAUCAAGCCUCUGCUGUUAUGCUAUGUUGCAUGUUUGCAUCUUGUUUUUGGAUGUAUGGCUCCACCUUUGAUAGAAGUGUGUGGAAUUAGUGGCCAUGACGGAAUGUGCUUACGCUCAUUCUCAUAUAGUUUCAAUGAUCAUGCUCAUAGCCACAUUGUAGUUAGUUACUAUUGUUGUAUGGCUCCUGUAAACAUCUCUCCUAUUUAGCCAAUCUUUGCACCACACACUCGUCUGUAUUUUUAUACGUAUGCAAAUUAUUAUGCAGCACAACGGUUUCUAUUUCUGAGUAGUACUAGCCACCAUGUUAUUCAUAUAACACUCAACAAGGUACUGGCAUCAUCGGGUACGCCCACCCAUUCAUCAACUCUGCCAUGUGGACAACACUUAUGGGAGAAUUUGCCCACCUACCGCGCUUCACGACGAUCACGCCCACUCAUCUGGACAGGGCUUUACAGAGUCAUUCUGGUGAUAGAAGUUAAUUCUCAACAUGGUUUGGAAGUCAUGUAAAGCCGUUGGUCCCGUUGCUGAAUAACCACUGGUUCCAUACAAUGUAAAAACACCAUACAGACAAACAAACUUUACAGAGCCAGCCCCCCCUCAACUUGGGACCACCUUGACAUGGUGAGGGCUCUUGAACCUCUGGAAUUUUUUUUUUUUUUUUUUUUUUUUUUUUUUUUUUUUUUCUCUCUCUCUCUCUCUCUCCUAGGAUUGGACCUUAAAGUCCCAUAUGACAUUAUAUAUUUUGGAUUAAUGUUUGUGCAUUUUUCCACUUUUGUCAAAAUUUUCCAAAUCUAAUUAAUAAGAAAACAUUCAUGGCUUGAUGUGAAGUUAAAUCUAAAGCUAAAUAGUGAGACCUGUGGUAUUCUAUCAUCUACCUGGCAAUGUUCAGACCUGUUUUUUUAGGGGGAACUACUCUGGAGCCGGACCACGGAUUCCAGAGGGGCCUGGUUCUAGGAAUAGAACUCUUGGCAUUCUGUCCAGUUUGCCCAUAAUGUGAUUAGGAUGAGGUCAAUUAUAUUACCAUACUACUCUGUCCUAGCAAGCAGGUUUUGCUUACACUUGGACCAUACAAAAUCAAGUUAUGCCAUUCCCCUUUUGGGGUAGGGUAGGGAUGAGGACAUUUGGGAGUCAUUUCUCAUGUGUGCCAUUGGGAAAAGAUUUAACUUCACAAAAACCCAAUGAUAUCUUUUCAAGAUAGAUAUUUCUUUUUUUUAAAUAUUUUUAUGAUUAGUGAGCUUGACAAUUUGAGUACCCUCAGGCCCCAUGAUGGAAAAAUUCUGGCACCGUUGAUGACUAUUGGCACGUCACUCCCAAAUCUCCUUGGUACAGCUUCAAACAACGAAAACUUUGUAAUAAGUGACAUAGGUUCCAGGUUUCCUCAGCUGCUUUCCAUUAGGCAUUAGUUUGUGCUUUGGUAAUGUCUGUUGAUGUAUAAAAACACACAAUUUUGAAUUACAACCCAUUAGCACAUUUGAGUACUUACAGAACAAAUGUAUCUUUAGAUUAGUAUAAUUCCAGAUAUACAAUUGCAGGUAUAUAAUUGGUUUUAUUUAAGAUUUAAGGUAGAAAGAGCAAUUAAAAUUACCCUUUAGGUCAUCCUGGGAAUCAUAGUCCCAACCACCUUUCAACCUUAACUUGUGCCAAGCCAAUAUGGCAAGAAAUAACAAUCAAAUUACUAUUGUCUAUAUUUAUAAAAAGAAUUUAAGUAAGGAGUUAUUUUUCAUGUAAUUUCAGAGAAAAUUUCUAGAGAUUUGAUAGAUAAAAAGCACUACACUUGGGUCUAGUUUUCACGCUGCUGCAGUAGCCAAAAAUAACAUACUUUACAAGCUGGAAAUGUCCUUUGGCACAAAAUCAGAAUUGUUUGACGCAUUUUCUGACAGUAAGCGGCAGGACUUUACAGUUUCAGUAAAGCAUAAGUAGUUGUAUACCAUAUUCAACAGAGUUGGAUACUGGGACUUCACUGCUUUUCUGAAAUAUGUGGUGCUUUUUUUAUACAGCAUUUCCUUUUCCAAAUAUAAUCUGGCUUCAUUAGGAGAGAUUUGUCACUUCAUUUGACAGGCUUUAAUACAUUGGAAUUCAAUAUGCCAUCAUUAUACUUACAGUGUGCCAAGAAUGUUAGUUGUGACUUGCCCAACUGAUAACACGCUAGUGGUAGUUAAUGAAUUGCUGGGCAAUCUGUAUGAUUAGCUAGCGACGCCUUUCUAAAAACUUUGUUUUUAAAGAGGUGAUUUGCAAUACACCAAGAUAUUAGGAUGCAUUUGACAUUGCCAGAUUAUGUAGAAAUAUAGCUAUAUUUACAGUGCUAAAUGUGUCUUUUGGAUUUUGUGAUAACUGUAGUUAAUCACCUUAUUUAGUUACCUUAGGAUUCUCAAAACAUUUAUGCUAUAGUUACAGUUGGGACAAGACACAGUUUAGUCUGUAUCAUGACCUCCCCUUUCCUUUAUGGAUGGUGCCUUGUUAUUGUUUGCAAGUUUACAAUUUUUUUUCUGCAGAGCUCUUUAGUUUGUCUAUUUCUGUAAAUAGUUUGUGCUGACAUUGUGUUUUUAUCCAUGGACUGUUUAGUGAACAAGAACCCUUGUUGGCACAUGUCUAAUCUAACACCCUUUUUACAUACUGACUUGUCUCAUGCAUAUUUUUUUAUUUUUCAACAUCGAACAAACUUUAUGCAAUCUUAAAGUGAACCGGUAAUAAGAGAAUUCUAAGAUACUGCCAAUGUAAUGAUAAAAUUAUGUGUAAGUGAACUGGAAAUCUAAGUUACUGCCAAUAGUUUAAUGAUAAAAUUAUUUAGUAUUUCAAUAAGGGAACAAAUAGGUGUUGUAAUUCUCUUUCUGUGCAAGGAAUAGUCCUUUUUUUCAUUAUCUGUGUUAAAACAUCAUAAAUGUUAUGUUCCAAAUGUGUUGAAGGUUGCCAUAAGACAUUUCCAUAUUUUGCGAUUUUUUUCCCAUGUUGUAUUAUGCAGAUAUAGUCAAGGUAGUCUUUUCUACAUUCUACCCUUAAUAUGCAACUGUUUUAUUUGGUAACGUAAUCUCAUUUCAGUCAGUUGAUUUUCCAGAAAAGAUUAUGAUCAUGCUGAAACUGUUUGGAGUGAAAUUUCCUAAGAUGGAAACUUGCUUUCAAUACUAGAAACACAUAACACUGUUACUAGAUUCUUUUAUACUGUUAAUCAGCUGCACACUAGUGCAGUAACAUUUAAUGUGAGGAGAUAUUAUGACUCCAGACUUGGAAUUUUCUUGCAACUGUCUUCUGAUAUUGUGUCAGCUGCUUGGAAGAAGAAAAUUUGUCAAUUACCAGAAAGUCUUGCCUGUUAAAAUCAUUUUAUCCUUCUUGACUCUCGAGAUGUGUAGUGAUUAGGCAAAAUUGGUAUUCCAGUUUUAUGAUGUAACUUUCCCCCUGGCAAAAACUGCUUCUUCCCCUUGCUGGUGAUUUAUUUGUUUAUUUGUGAAGUAUUUCUGAUUUUGUCAUGAAAAGUUUAGUACAUUUUUAAUAUAUGGUUAUGUGCAUUCCAGAAAUUUAUCAUUGUUUGUCAGUGUUAAAGGAAAUUCUUGGAUAUCCUGCAGCAGGAGUCAGUGUGUAACUUGUCUGUAGAUUUUAAUGAAGUUCAGAUGAAGUUUUCAUCUUAGUUAUAUUCUAUUGUGAUGAAAGGAAUUCUAUCUAUGAAUUGAUGGUCUUUGUAGUUUGAGUGAAGAUACAGUACUUUGUAGUUUGUAACUGCUAGGAAUUACUUAUUGGUCUGCUUAAUAUUAAUUGCUGAAUGUCGAUGUUGUAGAUAAUUUUGUUACAUGGGAAUUACUAUUACCAAGAGAGUUUAUAGAGUAGUACUACCGUGUACCGUGCUGUAGAAAACUAGAUUAGGAAUUUAUAUUGUGUUAACAUUUGGAAAUUGUUUUACGGAAAAUCUCUCUCUCUCUCUCUCUCUCUCUCUCUCUCUCUCUCUCUCUCUCUCUCUCUCUCUCUCUCUCUCUCUCUCUCU